GUUUCAACCACCUGUGGGGAAUCAGGCAAGAUCCUCCAGCUGACUAAAGAAGGUGUCUCACUAAGCGUCAAAAGGAGGGUAAGUCUUUCCUUUCAAAAUGUCAAAACAGCCAGCUUCAAAUGUCAGAUCUAUUCAGGCUAAUAUCAACAUCCCAAUGGGAGCACUUUUACCUGGGGCAGGUCAACCACCUAAAAGGAAAGAAUUUACCGAACCGGAAGAGUCUCUUCCAGCUACAACAGAAGAGGAAAAGAAAAAAACUCUCCCAGGUGCCAAGAAGCUACCAGGCCCUGCUGUUAACCUGUCAGAGAUCCAGAAUAUAAAGAGUGAGCUGAAAUUUGUCCCCAGAGCUGAACAGUAAUAGAAAUGAAAAGGUCUACCAAGAUGCUACGGAGAUGCUAAAUAGACUGUAAUGAAGACAGAUCAUUGAAACAAUUUAUAUAUUUAUAAGAAGAUUGCAAACGUCCCCAGUACAAGAUACUCUAUAAAAUAUCUUUGCAUAUUUAUAUCAGGCUUUCUUUUUAUCUG